AUGAGAGUGAGAAAAGCUUACAUUGCGGUCUUGAUUUUAUCCCUUCUAAUCGUUGAUGAAUCUUCCCCGUUUCUUCUCCGACCAGCUUCAGCUCAUUCCUUGUUCAGUAAAUCGUUGUGGCUCGGAAUAUUCAAACCCCUCAGAACACUCAAUCUUGGCAAAAUUUCCAAAGCAUUGGACAAAUUGAGAUCAUUCUUGCAUUCCAAGGGUGGUCGAAUUGCAAUAGGAGUCGUCGUGGAAGGCCUAUCGAUUGUUAAAGACUAUUUCGGUUUGUUCGGCUUCCUGGAUUCCGCUUUGAAUGCAAAUUCCACCGAUGAAUUCACCGCCGAUCUCGAAUCAGCAAUCGAAUUCUUUCAAAAGACUUUCCUCCUCAACGUCACCGGCCAGCCCGACAACUCCACCAUGUCAAUGAUCACGCUGCCGAGAUGUGGCCUUCCUGAUGUUAUAAAUGUCUCCUCCACCUCAACGGCGAAUCACACGACGUCGUUUGCCAAGUGGUGGUCCGAAGGGAAGAAAGAGCUUACUUACGCUUUUUCACCUCAAAACGAAACAGGGAUCUUUAUGAGGGAUCUGUUCGCAGGCGCCUUCCGCCGGUGGUCGGAGGUGACGAGAUUGAACUUCACAGAGACGACGUCAUUUAACGAAUCUGAUAUUCAAAUCACGUUCUCGUCGGUGGACGGGAAUCUAGGAGUGGUAGGCGGCGCCUGGGUGGAUAAUACGACGAGGAACUGGGAUGUCGUUUUGGACUCCGAUGAGAAGUGGGUGUUUCCGAGCGAGAACAUGACGGGCGACAACGAACUGGAUCUGGAAUCGGUGGCGAUGCACCAGAUCGGGCACGUGCUGGGACUGAACCACUCGGCGAUGCAAGGGGCGGUCAUGUACCCUUUCUUUGUGCCAUCGAAGAACAACAGGAAGGUGGAUUUCGCGAAAGAUGAUUUGGACAAGAUUCGGCAACUCUACAGCACGAAAUCCAAGUCCAAUUCCAGUGAGAGCGAGUUAGCACCGGUGCAGUCUCCGUCGUCGGAAGACGGAGGAGUCACCGGCGUGGGGCCCAGAUGGGGCCUGGUUUCAACUUUAUGGCUCGGAAUGAUCUGGCUUUUCUGGUUCUGA